CACCGCUAUACAUGCACUCAGACCCGCCCGACUCAGACUGUCCCCGAGUCUCCAGAAUGGGGCGAUGGCGCCGCGCACCCUCCUCCCGCUGCUCACCGCCGCCCUGGCCCUGACCCAGACCCGCGGGGGCUCGCACUCCAUGCGGUAUUUCCACACGUCCGUGUCCCGGCCCGGCCUCGGGGAGCCCCGGUACAUCGCCGUCGGCUACGUGGACGACACGCAGUUCGUGCGCUUCGACAGCGACGCGGAGAAUCCGAGGAUGGAGCCGCGGGCGCCGUGGAUGGAGCAGGAGGGGCCGGAGUACUGGGAGCGGGACACGCGGAACCACAAGGCACAGGCACAGACUUAGUGUGAGAACCUGCGGACCCUGCGCGGCUACUACAACCAGAGCGAGG